AGUCUGCCUUUGUUAGCCGGGGUGAUCGCCCGCUACGACCGUGAAGCGGCCCGCGCACGCGUGCUUUUAUAAAUAAAACUUAUAUUCACUCCCACGUUUCAAAGCCGGCAUCAAAAUAACUUGACGUCCGGUUUCGUUAUUAUUUAUUCAUUGACAUAAACUAUAAAUUGCUUUUCUAAAUUUACUUCGAAUUUAUUGAACCUCAUUUACCGACGUGAUAUUUGCGUCUUUUUUAAUCAAAACAAAGCGUGCAUCAUCAACAACAGCCAAUUUACCUUGUUGGUGUACUUUGAAAAUUAAUUGAUGGCAUUUAACUCAACGAAUGUUUGAGAAAAAUAAAAAAUGGAUUGGCGUGAAAAACUUUUUGGAAAAGUGCUUGUGAGAUGCAACUCGCCGGGUACACAAAAUGGACAAUUCGAGAACGUGUCAACUUUGGAGGCUCUAUCUGACUGUGUAGAAGAAGGCGAGGGUGCUGUGUGUGGUAUAUACUUCUCUUUCGCUAAUAUAAGCGACGAGAGUGAUGAUUUUGGAGUGCGAUUAGAGGAACUGUAUAAAAGAAUCCAUCCUCGCUUGAGAGUGGUGCAAGUGGUCUUGUGGGCUCACAUGGGUACUCCUGAAGGUCCCGUAGAAAGAGAAGCCGGUUUCCGACGUAGUCUUACAGGCAAACCAUGGUUUGCUGUGCCCUUUCAUGAUGUCGACACUAAGAGGCGGUUAACCCAAAAAUACAGUAUCGCUGUCGGAGUGCCUACAUUAGUGGUGAGAGGGCGAGGUGUUAGAGACGCCCUACUCGCCGACCCAGCUGGAGAGAGGUUUCCGUGGCCAGCGCCCCCCCUCACUGAGGUUCUGAGAGGUGUCCAACUUCAAGGAGACAGCGGCAGCAAACUGUACGGAGAACUGCCAGCCAAUGCUGUCAGAGUGUUCUAUUUCGCCGCACAUUGGUGUCCACCCUGCAGAGCCUUCUCACCGAGUCUAUGCGCGGCGUUAUCAGCGGUACGCAAGCGGAGGGCCAAGUUCGCUAACACACAGCUUAUACUGGUUUCCAGUGACAGGAGCGAACAGUCGUAUAAUCGGACACUUCAGACGGUGAAUACUGUCGGCGCGUUGGCUGUGCCAUGGUCCGCGUCUGAAGCAAGACUGGCACUGCCGGCCGCGCUGGGAGUAGCGGGCAUACCGGCUCUGGUCAUCACUGAUGGAGAUGGGAAGAUCCUCACAGCUAACGGCAGGAGUCACCUCACUGCUGACCCAUUGGGACUGAAUUUCCCGUGGGGACAGCGGGCGGUAUCCGUGCUGACAGAGCAAGCACUCCUCAAGAUGGCGCGUCAUCCUGCUCUUGUUUUGUUCAUCGACGAUGAAGAUUCCGAGAUAGAGUUUGCAGAAUCUGUUCUGACUCCCUCAGCUGAAUCUUACUACGAAGAAUGCAGCAUUCAGUUUCCAGGCUUCUGCCCAUACCAAAACUCGUCGGACGACGAAACAAUGGAUUUCGAUUACCCCACCUCGAAACACUCGAGGGUCAAAAAGAAAUCAUUCAAACAUGUCAUGUUUUUUAUAGGAGUCGAUGGGACAGAUAGUGCCGACAUGCUCAGGGAACACAUCGGCCUCGAUGAUGCUGUUCCGCUUCUGACAGCCAUAGAUUUCCCGCGACAAAGAAUGGUAACCAUGAAGUAUGGAGAUGAAAUAACCACAGACUCCGUUCAGAACUUUGUAGACGCGUAUUUAAGCGGGAACGCGGAUUUCAAACCGCUAAAACCUUAUAGUGAGAAAUGUUAGAUAAGUUACGUAGUUACAUUUUAGCACCAGAAUUCGUGUUUGUUUAAUUGUAUGUAGCGGUGUGGUUUAUGAUAUAAGUUUUGUAUCAAACCAAAUAAAGUUUAGAUUUCAACUUG